AUGGCAUCAUCUAGUGCUAUUCCGCCUUUGGAUGAUGAUGAGCUUACCCUACCUAGAGCUUCUAUAAAUAAAAUGAUUAAAGAAAUACUUCCAAAUAUUCGAGUUGCGAACGAAUCAAGAGAAUUAAUAUUAAAUUGUUGUACUGAAUUUAUUCAUUUACUUUCAUCAGAAGCAAAUGACAUUUGCAAUUCACAACAAAAGAAAACAAUUAAUUCAGAACAUGUUUUACUUGGCAAAUUAGGAUUUGGUGAUUAUAUUCCCGAUGCUGAUGCAGUUUUACAAGAUUGUAAAGCUGUAGCUGCUCAACGUAAAAGGCAAAGCACACGAUUGGAAAAUCUUGGAAUACCUGAAGAAGAAUUGUUAAGACAGCAACAGGAAUUAUUUGCUAGAGCUAGAGAAGAACAAGCUGCUGUAGAACAACAGCAAUGGCAACACAUUCAAAAUUCAUCUCAAGCUCCAUCGUUAGACAACGAAGAUGAAGAUUAUUGUUAA